CUUUUAAGUAAACUUUUCAGCUGCAAUCACAGUAAAAGCAGACUAUACUAUAUACAGUCAGAUUUAACAUAUAGGAAGAACACUUUUUCUUGCUCGUGUCUGAAUUUCAGUUUAAAGGAACAAUGGCAGGGUUUAAUUUUCUGUCAUUAUGCACAGGUUACCCUAGACUGGAUAUUAAUAGACACACACAUUCACACCCACGGCCACAAGUACCGCAUCAAUCAAAUUUGGAAGAUAAAACUUACACUCCAUGGCAACUUUAAGGGUGCAAUUUUCUUUCUCUUCUUUCAUCUUCUUAAAACACCUUCAGCCAUGCAGAAGGCAUUGGAGGUGACAGAUGCAGCUUGCAGAGGCCUGCAGCUUAGAGCUGCAGGAGAGCGUUCAGGGGACAAGUUGGGGGGCACUGCUAGGUGUAGAUGUUGCAGGGACCACUUAGGCAAAGCGAUGGCUGGAAGCAUGUCAGUGAGCAAAGCACCUAGCAACUGCCCCAGGAAUGGGGAUCCUCAGGAGAGGGCAGGCAGCCACCCAGCUGUGCACACGUGGGUCCUGCCAUGGCCACCGCUGCCACUGGGCAGCUUGUGGCAUAUGCGAAUAUUACCUUAUUGGCUGCACAGUCUGCACUUGUGAGCCUCUAGACCUAAAGCACUUGCACCCACAUGUCUCUGGACACUUUAAAAUAAUUUAGAAGCUUGUUUAUACACGCAGAUAUACAUACACGUGAGCACACAAACUGGCCCUGAAUAAAGAUAGCAGAACGACCAUAGAAGGAAACCUAAAACCUCACUGACCAAAGAACAACAAACAAACAAGCCCACAAGCCAGUAUAUGGUAAAAAUGAGACAAAAAGGGCUUUAGCUCUAUGCAGAGGUGGUGCUCUUCAUACCAGUGUAUCCUUAGACACAUACUGAAGUGAGAAUAUCCCCAAACUUCAGGCCCUCUACCAGGCAGGCUGUGCUGCCUGUAGGCUUAAGCUUAAAACAAUCAAAAUGUAAUGUUUGUUCUAAACUGCUGCUAAUAAAUUAAUCUCUUAAAAAUAAAUAAGACAGGAAAGCUGGACUUAAUGGGAUGCUUUUGCUGAUGGAACUGUCAGACUAAUUCCAACCUCUGCCAAGAAGCAAGUAUGUUAUUCACAGCAUGGAAAGAGAAGCAACCAUAGGGGUCAAAUCAAUAUGAUUUUUAGAGGAGUGGCCCUUUCAAAUGACUUUGUAAUUGUUAAACAUCUCAGAAAAAAAUAAAGGAGAAAAAAGAGCUGUGAUUAUAUGCUAUGAUAUAGUUGUAAAUUAUGAAGGAGGGACAAAGUUGUUAGCAAUUCCCUUCAGGUCCCAGAUUUUACGUAAAUCCAGAUGGCUGAACUACAGGAGUCCUUUUUUUCUUUAAAGAAAAUCUGGAAACUUAAAAGCAAUUUAGCAAGAGUCAAUUAAUCAAAACUAUCAGGAGUGCGCUGGGGUGGCUGCAUACAAGUAGAAAAGUUGCAGUUUAUAGUGCCUUAGUCAAGGAUGUCAGGGAACUCCUUGAAAGCUGAGUGGGAAGUCCCUAUGCAUUCAAUAGGCUCUGAGUGUGGCAGUGACAGCGCUCCAGGACGCUGAGUGUCCUAAGAUGUGUGAGAGCAGACAACAUGUCCAUGCCUGGACCACUGACUCCUUCAACUCCACGUAAACCAAGGGCUCCACCUAUGUGAAGCACAAGUAUCCCCUGGGAGCUGAACUUGGAUGGAGAGGAGGGUUUUGAAAACUGUACAGACGGCCUUCACCUCAGAGCAGAACAGAACGCUCUUUCCUUCUGGGACCAGCAUGGUGGCUCACCUUCAAAAUAAACAUUAACAGCUAUCAGAAAAAAAGGAAAGAAGAAGAAGACUUGAUGUAGUGGCAUUUGAGAUUUAGGCUUCCUUGGUUGCUGGCUAUCUCUUCAGUGACGCCUGAGAUGGCUGUCAGCUCCUCAUGCAGAGCAUGCCUCCAGGCCAUCCCCAGGCUGAACUUUCCAGCACCAGCUUACACAGAUGCCAAAAUAUUUUCUUUCCCAUGAUAAGCAAUGCUUGUAGCAUGUCCUCUUCAUUUUGGGCAUUGGCCUAUCAAAGGCAGAACAGCAAAACACCUUAAACCUGGGACCCCAGCACAGGAAGGAUGCAGAGCUGUUGGAGUGGGUCCAGAGGAGGGCCACGGGGAUGAUCUGAGGGCUGGAGCACCUCUCCUGGGAAGCCAGGCUGACAGAGGCAAAUGGGGCAAUUCUUCAUGAAACAGGGAAAUCAAUCACAUGAUGCAUGGUUGCUAGGAAAGCAUGGAAGAGGUAAGCGCACGGAACGAUUCUUAUUUUUUUUUUAAUUCUUGUCCAUUCAGGCAAAUAUUUGUAUUUUGAAUGAUGCUCUCCUCGUUCUACUUUUCACACAGUGAUUCAGUCGCUAUUUAAAACAGCGCCGCGCCACUCUGGGACGGGGCUCCCGAGAAGCCCAACGGACGGCGCCCAACGGCCGCAGCCGGGCCGCGCCCCGCGCCCUCACCUAGGCGACGUGCGGAGGGGCGCGGCUAAGAGCCGAUUGGUUCCCUUACCCCGUUGCGCGCCCAGCCGGGAUGAGGCGGGGGGAAGAGAAAAGAGGGAGCCGCAGCUAUAAAUAAACCGCGCUUCCUGAUUGGCCGGCGGGAAAAAUGGUUGCACCACGUGACUCUCCAUCUAAAAAUUCCAAGAUGGCGGAUCCCGUCACGGGCUGAGUCCGUUGGUGGCGCGCGCGCCGCCCGUGUCCACCGUCGGGCCCUCACCGCACGGCUCUGCGCUUCUCCCGCCGUCACCCAGAUGCUCGAAGAAGUAGCUGGAUCCUCGUGAAAGCAUUUUGUGCAGGUGCCUUCCUUGACACGCAUAAUGGAAGGUCUGCCCGCUAUACUGCUGAGCACUAAGCGUGCUGUGUGGUGCGCUUGCUGGUAUGAGAUGAGUAAGGUUCCCAUUUUGAAAACUGUUAGAAGAUACUCUGCCACCAUAUUGGAUUACUUUGUGUGCAGCUCAUCAUGUCACUGUGACCUGGAUUUUAUAAGGUGGCCAUAAUUUAAUUCCCACUUUCAGUUUCUAUGUAUUGGUGAAGCAUUGGAGCUCUUUAGAGCUACUGUUACUUGCGUGGAAACUGAUCAGUCUCAAAUCCCUUCUCCAAAGGACUUGACGUUACCAGCAAUGAGCUCCCAAAGCCAUCCAGAUGGGCUUUCUGGCAGAGACCAGCCAGUAGAGCUGCUGAAUCCACCUAGAGUGAACCACAUGCCUAGCUCUGUUGAUGUGAGCGCAGCACUGCCCUUGCAAGUUGCCCCAACCUCAGUCCCAAUGGAUCUGCGCCUGGACCACCAGUUCCCCAUGCCCGUGACGGAGCCAACGCUCCGUGAGCAGCAGCUGCAGCAGGAGCUCCUGGCGCUGAAGCAGAAGCAGCAGAUCCAGAGGCAGAUCCUCAUUGCCGAGUUCCAGCGGCAGCAUGAGCAGCUCUCCCGGCAGCAUGAGGCCCAGCUGCAUGAGCACAUCAAGCAGCAGCAGGAGAUGCUGGCAAUGAAGCAUCAGCAGGAGCUGCUGGAGCAUCAGAGGAAGCUGGAGCAGCACCGGCAGGAGCAGGAACUGGAGAAGCAGCACCGGGAGCAGAAACUUCAACAGCUGAAAAACAAAGAGAAAGGAAAGGAGAGCGCAGUGGCAAGUACAGAAGUAAAGAUGAAAUUACAAGAAUUUGUCUUAAAUAAGAAGAAGGCUUUGGCACACCGGAAUCUCAACCACUGCAUAUCCAAUGACCCUCGCUUCUGGUAUGGGAAGACACAGCACAGCUCCCUGGACCAGAGCUCCCCACCCCAAAGUGGUGUAUCCAGCACCUACAAUCAUCCUGUCCUGGGGAUGUACGAUUCCAAAGAUGACUUCCCACUCAGAAAAACAGCAUCUGAACCCAAUCUGAAACUACGAUCCAGACUAAAGCAAAAAGUUGCUGAAAGACGGAGCAGCCCCCUGUUGCGCAGGAAGGAUGGCCCGGUUGUCACUGCUCUGAAGAAGCGCCCACUAGAUGUCACAGACUCUGCAUGCAACAGUGCUCCUGGAUCUGGUCCCAGCUCUCCAAACAACAGCUCCAAUAACAUAAGCUCUGAGAAUGGAAUUACAGGAUCAGUCACGAGCAUUCAAGCAGAGACCAGCCUGGCUCACCGACUGGUGAAUCGUGAAGGCUCGGUAACACAGCUUCCACUCUACACUUCUCCUUCUUUGCCCAACAUCACACUAGGACUGCCUGCAACUGGCCCUUCCAGCGGAGGAUCAGCACAGCAGGAUGCUGAGAGACUUGCUAUCCCAACCUUGCAGCAGCGGAUCUCUCUAUUUCCUGGCACCCACCUCACUCCCUACCUGAGCACUACAACGUUGGAAAGAGAUGGGGGAACUGCACACAACCCUCUUCUGCAACACAUGGUCUUACUGGAACAGCCAACUGCACAAACUCCCUUAGUCACAGACUGGUAUCUUUCAGGACUACCUCUCCACCCACAGUCUCUGGUUGGUGGAGAACGGGUCUCCCCUUCAAUACACAAACUCCGGCAGCAUCGCCCACUGGGGCGCACGCAGUCUGCUCCCCUUCCCCAGAACGCCCAAGCCCUCCAGCAGUUAGUGAUCCAGCAGCAGCACCAGCAGUUCUUGGAGAAACACAAACAGCAAUUCCAGCAACAACAACUGCACAUCAACAAGAUCAUAUCAAAACCCAAUGAGCCAGCUCGCCAACAUGAAAGCCACCCAGAGGAGACAGAAGAAGAGCUUCGAGAACACCAAGCCCUUUUGGAGGAGCCAUACAGUGACAGAGUCUCAAGCCAAAAGGAGGUCCCAGGUCUGGCAAACAUGGUGCAGGUGAAGCAAGAACCCAUCGAGAGUGAUGAGGAGGAAGCUGAGCCACAGCAGGAGCUGGAGUCUGGGCAGAGGCAGGCUGAGCAGGAGCUGCUCUUCCGGCAGCAAGCCCUCCUGUUGGAGCAGCAGCGCAUUCACCAGCUGAGAAACUACCAGGCAUCGCUGGAGGCAGCUGGCAUGCCCGUCUCCUUUGGAGGCCAUCGGCCCCUGUCCCGUGCACAGUCCUCACCUGCCUCGGCCACCUUCCCAAUGUCCGUACAGGAGCCACCCACUAAGCCAAGGUUCACUACAGGCCUUGUCUAUGACACCUUGAUGCUGAAACAUCAGUGUACCUGUGGAAACACAAACAGCCACCCGGAGCACGCGGGGAGGAUCCAGAGCAUCUGGUCCCGGCUGCAGGAGACAGGUCUCCGUGGCAAGUGUGAGUGCAUUCGUGGAAGAAAAGCAACUCUAGAAGAGCUGCAGACAGUUCACUCGGAAGCUCAUACACUGCUGUACGGCACAAACCCUCUGAACAGACAGAAACUGGACAGCAAGAAACUUCUAGGUUCUCUAACUUCGAUGUUUGUCAGACUUCCUUGCGGUGGUGUCGGGGUCGACAGUGACACGAUCUGGAACGAAGUUCACAGUUCUGGUGCUGCUCGCCUGGCUGUGGGCUGCGUCAUUGAGCUUGUUUUCAAAGUGGCCACAGGAGAACUGAAGAAUGGUUUUGCUGUUGUUCGGCCUCCAGGUCACCAUGCCGAAGAAAGCACACCCAUGGGCUUCUGCUAUUUUAACUCUGUGGCAAUUGCAGCCAAACUGCUCCAGCAAAGACUGAAUGUUAGUAAAAUCCUCAUAGUGGACUGGGAUGUACACCACGGGAACGGUACUCAGCAAGCUUUCUACAAUGACCCUAAUGUUCUUUAUAUUUCACUACAUCGCUAUGAUGAUGGGAACUUCUUUCCAGGCAGUGGUGCUCCUGAUGAGGUUGGCACAGGAGCAGGAGUUGGGUUCAAUGUUAACAUGGCCUUUACUGGUGGCCUUGAUCCGCCGAUGGGAGACACAGAAUACUUAACUGCUUUCAGAACGGUAGUCAUGCCCAUUGCCAAUGAGUUUGCCCCAGAUGUUGUGCUGGUGUCAUCUGGUUUUGACGCAGUGGAAGGCCAUCCAACGCCUCUGGGAGGAUACAAUCUCUCUGCAAAAUGCUUUGGGUACCUGACGAAGCAGCUGAUGGGCCUGGCCGGAGGCCGCGUUGUCCUGGCCCUCGAAGGAGGCCACGACCUGACUGCCAUUUGCGAUGCCUCAGAAGCAUGUGUUUCUGCUUUGCUGGGAAACGAGCUUGACCCUCUUCCGGAAAAGGUUCUCCAGCAGAGAGCAAAUGCUAAUGCGGUGCAUUCAAUGGAGAAGGUGAUUGAGAUACACAGCAAGUAUUGGCAUUCACUCCAGCGCUACGCCUCUACAGUGGGCUACUCCCUGGUUGAGGCACAGAAGUGUGAGAACGAAGAGGCUGAGACAGUGACAGCCAUGGCAUCUCUGUCGGUAGGCGUAAAGCCAGCUGAGAAGCGACCUGAUGAUGAACCCAUGGAAGAGGAACCUCCCCUGUAGCACUCAUCUUUGAGCUGGAGUUCUCCUGUUUGUUCGUCUUCGUCUUGAAGCUCUGCCAAGAAGCUUUCUCUUGUUACUCCUGUGUCCUGUCGUGGUUUUUUCCAGAUUACAGAAGGACAACCAGGUGUAAAGCAAAGCAACCGAAAAAUCUCUCCAUAUCUAUAUGUGUCUACAGUAUAUAUUUGCUGGAAAUGAAAAAUGCUGGUGAAGAGCAGUAAAGGACUGACAACGCUGGGCACUCUUCCUCUGGUCCUCACCGGGAGUGGAAAGGGGAACGACGCCCACGAAGUCUUUGGCAGAGUUGCCAAAAAGUAAAAGUCAAAGAUUCAACAACACACGUGAAAAUAAAACAAACAAACCUUAAUGUAAAACUGGUGCUUACAAUUUGAUUACCAACAAUUCAGCAAUCUCCGCUUGAACCACUUGUCCCAUCUUGUAGUUUCAUUUCUUGGAUUUUUUAAAUGGCUCUUGCCUGCCUGUGAGUCAACGACACUCUUGUUGAAACCGGAACAGUGUGGGAUGCUGUAUUUUUAAUGGGGAGGGACAGGGAAAGAGGACUAGUCCUACAUCUAAAGGAAAGGGAAAGAGGGGGAAACACACAAAAGGAAAUGGUAGCCCAGGUGGAGUCGGCUUUAUUGUCUCCAAAGCCAUCUGAAGAUGAGUUUGUGCCUUUUUUUUUAAUUGAUGGAUAUGGUGCAGCUGGAUUUUUGAAGUUUGAGGAACAAUGCCUUAAGUAAAAUAAUAAUAAUAAUUAAAAAAAACCACACACACAAAAAAAGAAAACACAGCAGUUCAUGAAUAUUUUUCCUCUGGUUGGAAAGCCAAGAACUGCCAUCAGGAGGGAAGACUUUUUGGCUUGUGCUGGCAUGAUGGUGGGAAGCAGGCAUCAGCUGAACGGAGCGUCUCCAAAAACUGUCUACAAGUUUGGAUUUGUUUUGUUUUCUUUCAUUGCUGUUUCAAAAAAAAAAGGUAGUUGCCAAGAAAGUGGCAAAUACUGUUGGGUCUUAGAAAUUCAACCAUUUUUAAAAUCAAAUUUUCAAAUGUUUUCUCUCUUCUACAUUAUCUAGUAAUUGAACUUAUCAAUUUGGUUGUUAAAGCAUGUAUUAGACACAAGUGCAGGUUUAAGACUGGAAUGCUUUUUAUUAAAAGCAAAUAGCAUGAGAUAUUGCUUAAAUUGUUAGGUAUAAAUAUAUAUAUGUGUAUAAUGUAUAUUCCAAAUGUAUUCCAAGCUUAGAAACCGGAUUCCUAUGAAUUAUUGAUAAAAUAUUUAUAAUGCAUUUAUAGAAAAAUAUAUGUAAUAAAUGCAUACUAUAACAGUAGUCAUUGAAAGUUCCCUAGGGACAGAUUUGUGAAUUGGAACGUCACGGUGCUUUUGGAAAAGGAUCCAGGUUGAAAUUCGAGGACUUUCAGACGACAGGUUGGGAAGUUUUCAGAUUGCCAACACGUUAGCCACUGGGCAACUACCCUAAACAUUUGUAUUUUAAUUUAAGGUUUUAGUUGUGAUCCUUUUCUAAAAAAAAAA